AUGACUGUGAUGGGCGAGCAGUCAUCACCGAGCAGUGUCUCUUCUGGAUGCGGAAAGACAUUGACACUGCAUAGCGGUACAUAUACGACCACUGUCAAUGGACAACAACGCCAGUACACACUGACGCUCCCCCAGGGCUACAAUCCCAGUGAGCCCUACAAGUUGAUAUUUGGAUACCACUGGCUUGGUGGGACAAUGCAGGAUGUCGUCAGCGGAUCAUAUUACGGCAUACAACCGCUUGCCGGAAACAGUGCCGUAUUUGUGGCUCCUCAGGGCUUAAACAAUGGGUGGGGAAACUCAGGAGGUGAAGAUAUAACAUUCACUGACCAGAUGUUGUCGACUCUCGAAGAUGCUCUAUGCAUUGACAAAACCCAAGUCUAUUCUAUGGGCUGGAGUUACGGCGGUGCUAUGUCUUAUGCACUAGCAUGUGCACGUCCUAAUGUCUUCCGCGCUGUUGCUGUCAUGUCCGGGGCAAAUCUCAGCGGCUGCAGCCCGGGCACACAGCCUGUUGCGUAUUAUGCGCAGCACGGUGUCAGUGAUAGUGUCCUACCUUUCACUUUAGGCGAACAGAUAAGAGACACAUUUGUCAAGGACAAUGCCUGUACCGCAACAAAUCCUCCUGCGCCUGCUGCUGGCAGUGGCACCCAUAUCAAAACAGAGUAUUCAGGGUGCUCAUCAGGCCACCCAGUGUGGUGGGUGGCAUUCGACGGGCCCCAUGAACCUCUGGCGACAGAUGCUGGCGCAAGUUCUUCUUGGACUCCAGGACAGAUAUGGAGUUUUUUCUCGCAAUUCAGCCUCUUCAAAUACGCCAGCGAAAUCUUCAAGGAAGUUUUGAUGGGAGUCGAAAGGAUGGAGAACCUCGGAAUACUGGCUAUUUGGUCUUUAAAUACUUUGUACCUAUAG